AUGGCCAAUGGGGUUGUCAAUGGUGCAGCCAACGGACAUGUCCCAUCCGCUGCCAACACGCAGUAUUUCAUCGCCAAUGGUACUUCUCAGCCGGUAGCAAAUCGCUUUCCUCAAGGAACGGUUAUCGUCACGAACGGCGAUAGUCAAGCUCUUGGCAGCUCUGGCAUUGCCAACCGACUCCCUCACGGAGCUCAACUUUAUCCCAGCCGACCCGUUCAUAACAUGAAUGCUCUCAGUGUCGAACCGUCUGGUCUGAUCUCUCCACCACACGGCCACCAUUCUCAGCCUGGAAGCCAUCACUCUACUAGAUCGGAUUCUGUUGGAGUUGCUCAGCAUUUUUACACUCCUGUUCCACCCGCGCAGAACCCAAACAUGGCUGGGCUCCCCCAGAGUGUCUCCUUCCAUGCUGGCGUUUCCAUGAUGAGUCCCACGAACACUCCUCACCAUUUCAGCGGCGAGCGCAUGAGUGACUCGCUGUCUACUCCCGGCACCACCCAUCAUCUCACCGAGCCACGCAACUAUGCGCCCCGAACAGCUGGUCAGCCAGUUGACAGUUUGCCCCCUCCCCGAUUCAACUUGGACUUGCAGACAAUCUCCAGCGCUUGUCCUACCUCACCCCGGGACCCAUUUGGUAGCCCUGAGCGUGCUGAGCCUAGUGCAUUGAUCCCCUUCCCUAAUAUGCCUCCUCCUGCCAUGCAGCAAGCCAUGCUUACUGCUGCAAUGGCAGUACCGUUCACCGGUAACAAAUCUCAGAAGCUACACGAGCUGACUGGUACCUACUCUGGCCUUCCCACAUUGGAAACAGCUAUGAGUCCUGCUUUCUUCCCAUUUAUGAGCGGUCCUGGAUCUGCCAAGCCAUCUACAGCUGGAGUUGUUCGUCUCAAGAACAUACCAUUUUCCACAAAGCGCUCUGAAAUUGUUGCCUUCAUUGGCCGCAACAGUCGGAUGUUGAGUGAUGGCGAGGAGCCCAUCCACAUCAUCAUGGACCGAGCUACGUCCAAGACUAUGGAUGCCUUUGUCGAGUUCAUGACCAUGGAGGACGCUAUGCGCUGUGCCGAAAAGCACCACCAGUACACCCAAACUGGCCGUAUCAGUCGUCUUGGUGAACGUCCUGUUGAGGUUGAGUUGUCGAGCCAAGCUGCUCUCAUGCAGGAACUUUUCCCUCUUGCUCGUGGCGUAUUCUGGGACGGUGCUAACCCUCAAUUCCUCCCCAUCAAUAACACAGAGCCUUGGGAAAACUUCAAGGGUUUCAUCUUCCCUGAAGAGAUGGUUAUGCUUGUCAAACAUGUGGAAGUUCCUCACCGAUCUCCCUUCUCAAAAGAAUGUCCCCAACGCCCCUAUGAGUGCCUCAUCAGCACCCUGCGCAAGUUUCCUUGGUACGCCUCAGACCAUAUUACUAUCGCUCAACGGGGUGCCAUGUACAAGGCUACCAUUAAGCUUCUUCGCUUGCUUACCCGAUCGGUCUCAGGGCAGGAUGACCCAGUUAACCUCACCAACCAGCUCUUCCAGCGUGUCAUCCGGACUGCAAUGGAGUGCAAAGGCUUCACCAUUCUCCAGAAGGACAACAUUGCAUUCAUGGCCCAGAUGGCCCCCGCGGAGCAGCAGCGCCGUCAUGGACAGCCCAUGAAUCCCACCUCUUGGGUUCACCAGUACGCCAUCGCGCGCAAGCCGGGUAUUCCUCUCGAUAUUGUCGACUGGUACAUCCGCCUGAUUCGUGAGCAGACGACCCGUGACGUCCUCAUCCGUCCUAUUCAUGAGCGUACCUCAAUUCAAGAGACACUCAAGGACACCGAUGAAUACUGGGGCUACUUCUACCAUGAGGUCAACUAUGCUCAGGGACCUCAGUUCGACGGAAUGACUCUGGGAAAGUGUGCCUUCCUCGAACUUUCUGCUAUCGAGCGAAUUCUCGGUCGUGCUCUCGGCUAUAACUGA